CUGAGUGGACGGUUUAAGGAGCUGGAGAAGUGUACGCGCUCGGAAGUCGGAAAGUCAUCAGCCAAAAUGAGAUUUUCAGCACUUUGGACAGCGCUCAGUGGGAUUCUGCUAGGCACUCAGCGAGUCUGUUCAGGAUACUGCAAUUCAGUGAAGAAAAGCAACCCGGGUCGGUUCUCCAACGCGACCUUGAUCCGUCUGUCGGACUAUUUGAGUGACGGGUACCGUAAGGGCGUGCGUCCCGUGCGAGACUGGCGGAAAGCGACCACCGUGUCCAUUGACCUAAUGGUGUAUGCCAUUCUUAGCGUGGAUGAGAAGAAUCAAGUUCUGACUACAUACAUAUGGUACAGGCAGCAAUGGCUGGACGAGUUCCUCCAAUGGAACCCUGCUGACUUCGAUGACAUCACACAGGUCUCCGUCCCCACUGCUUCCAUCUGGAUACCAGAUAUACUCAUCAAUGAGUUUGUGGACGUGGGGAAGUCUCCUGUGAUUCCGUUUGUGUACGUGCGAUACGACGGCCUCGUGCAGAACUACAGGCCCAUCCAGGUGGUGACGGCCUGCAGCCUCAACAUCUACAACUUCCCCUUCGACGUCCAGAACUGCAGCCUCACCUUCCAGAGCUGGCUGCACACCAUUAAUGACAUCAACAUCUCGCUGAUCAGGACCGCGGAGCAAGUGAUGUACGACAAGAACGUCUUCAUGAACCAGGGCGAGUGGGAGCUCCUGCACAUCCUCUCCCAGUACAACUCCUUCAGCAUCGACGACCAGGACCACUACGCCGAGAUGAAGUUCCACCUGGUGAUCCGCCGGCGGCCGCUCUUCUACACGGUCAGCCUGCUGCUGCCCAGCGUCUUCCUCAUGGUGAUGGACAUCGUGGGCUUCUACCUGCCUCCCGACAGCGGGGAGAGGGUGUCCUUCAAAAUCACCCUGCUCCUGGGGUACUCCGUGUUCCUCAUCAUCGUCUCCGACACCCUGCCGGCCACCGCCAUCGGGACGCCCCUCAUCGGCGUGUACUUCGUGGUGUGCAUGGCCCUGCUGGUGAUCAGCCUGACGGAGACGGUGCUGAUCGUGCGGCUGGUGCACAAGCAGGACCUGCAGCCGCACGUGCCCGACUGGGUCAAGCGCCUGGUGCUCCAGCGGGCCACCGCCCUGCUCUGCAUCCGGAAGCGCCGCAAGUUCGGCCCCGUGCCGCCCCGCCCGCCCGACCCCGUCAGCACCAACGAGAGCAGCGCACACACCGACAGGUGUAAUCACCACGGCAGCGAGAGCGGGAGGGACGUGGAGAAGGGGGCGGGGCUGGGGUCAGGGCCGGUCCCGGCGGUCAAGGACAGCGUGGCGGUCUUGGAGAGCGUCCUGCAGGAGGUCGGCUCGAUCCGGCGCUUCCUGGAGAGGCGGGAGCAGUACCGGGAAAUCGCCCGGGAGUGGCUGCAGGUGGGAUACGUGCUGGACGUCCUCCUCUUCCGCGUCUACCUGGCGGCCAUGCUGGCCUACAGCUUCACGCUCGGCACCCUGUGGUCGGUCUGGCAGUACGCCUGAGGCCCCGCCCCCUUCGCCGCCACCCCCGCGACAGGGCCAGCUGUGUCUAAACACGCUUCUGUGAUGCAGGACGAUACCUUCUGACCCCACCUAACACCUGCACCCUAUUCAGCUGCUGUGGCUGGGCCAAAACAGCUUGGAACAGAACAGUGACAUCACUGUAGAUGAGACAGGAAGUAUUCAUGAAGUGAGCGCAGCCGUAUAACAAAAUAACAACACAAUGGCUCCACUGUUGUUUAAUACAUGUAUUAUUGACUUUGUAAAAUGCAUAAUCCUCCCAAUGUGCUAGUAAAUAAAUUGUGAAUAUUGUGCUUUGUUUGUGUUCAGAGCAGGGGUAUACAGUUUUUCUAUAAAAAAUUUGUUUUGUUUUUGGUCUGGCCAUUUGGCGGGUUAUGUUGCUUUCCUGAAAUGUGCAAUUCAAAAAGAUACUGAUGUACUGAACUGAUGUUGUACUAACUGUCAUGUAGUGAACAGAGCCAA